AUGUACAUUAUCUAUCUAUCUAUCUAUCUAUCUGACGCUGUUCAUUUUUAUCUAUCUAUGGUUAUUCAUAUCUGUCUAUCUAUUUUUAAUCUCCUUUCUUUCCUCCCGUUUAUUACUUUUUCCCAUUCUGUAAGUUUUGCUCUCUCCAUUAACUGUUAUUUUUUUUCCUCUUCUCCUUUCUCAAUUUAUCUCUCUCUCUUGCUCUCUCUCUCUCUCUCUCUAUCUAUCUAUCUAUCUAUCUAUCUAUCUAUAUAUAUAUAUAUAUAUAUAUAUAUAUGUCCUGUCUUUCACUCAGUGUUUAUCUUCAUCGUUGCUUCUCAAGCAGCAGAUAAAGAUUAUCGAUUUCGCUUCCGGUCACGUGCAAAACGGAGAUCGUCGGCUAUUCCCAAGUUGAGCGACUUAUUCAAUUUGAGAGAAAAAAACAAGCCUUUAUCGUUUCUGCUUUAUAUUAACAGCUUAAAAUGUUGGACAGAGGAAACAAACAAGAAACCUUGA